AUGGUGGCAGAACUACAAAGCAGUUCUUGUGGGAAUCCAGGAGUUCCUGCCAAAGGAAUCCUGAAUGGAACAGGCUUCAAUGUGGGAGACAGAAUCCGGUACCACUGUGUGGCUGGAUAUACCCUGGAUGGCCACGCACAGCUGACCUGUGUCACCAGCACGUCUAAUAUAGCGGUGUGGGAUUUUCCUAUUCCCAUCUGCAGAGCUGAGGACACAUGUGGCGGGACCUUCCGCGGGUCCAGUGGCACCAUCUCCAGUCCAGACUUUCAGAAGGACUAUCAGAGCAGUGGCGAGUGCACGUGGACCAUCCUGGCUGAUCCAGGAGACACCAUCUCACUGGUCUUCACUGAAUUCCAGAUGGACAGCAAACUCGACUCUUUAGAUGUUGAGGGAUCCGAUCCACCAACAAUAUGGUGA